AAAAGAAUACAGUGGUGUAUAGUAAAAUUUACAAUAAAAUAAAAAUGUUUUUCAAUUUUUGCUAUUGUGAAAAUGCCGAUCGAUCAAAACAAUUUGUAGCGCAGUCAUUCGUGUGAGUGUAGUAUCACAAUAUUAAAAAUCACGAUGAUUUGCUCACUUGGCGCUCAGUUAAGAGAGAAACUUUCCAAAGCGGGCAACAGUGUCAACCUGUCCGCGACUAUAGAAUGUUCAAAGCAAGCGCAAUUAAUUUGCUAGAUCUUCAACCUGAGCAGGUAAACAGCUGGUUGGAAGGCUUUGAUACAAUUAUCAGUGAUUGCGAUGGUACGCUGUGGCAUGAUGAGAGGGGCAUUGAAGGUGCCGCUGACGUACUGAACGCCCUGCAAACCCGCGCCGGCAAACGCGUCUAUUUAAUAACAAAUAAUGGUCUAAAAACGAGCCAUGAAAUUUGGCAGCGCGCCCAACGUCUGGGCUUCCAGUUGCCGAAUGAGUCGCACAUCAUCUCACCCACGCAAACAAUUGUCGACUAUCUGAAGCAGCACAUGCCAAGCGACCAGCGGGUUUAUGUGGUUGGCAAUGCGGCUAUUGAGCGAGCCCUAAAUGAAGCGGGCUUUAAAAGUUUUGGUGCUGGUGAACCAGACCCAUUGCAGCCCAAUGACAAGUGGCAGGAGUUCGUAAAUCGCGAGUUGAAGCAGCCGGCAGCGACUGCCAAUGUGGGCGCCGUCAUUGUUGGCUGGGACGAGCAUUUCAGCUACUGUAAAAUGGCCCGCGCCUGUCACAUACUGUGCAGCAACAAAGGCUCCAUCUUUCUCGUCACCAACAACGACGCGGUGCAUAAGUAUCCGUCUGUUCAUAUACCCGGGACAGGCGCCUUUGUAGCUGCAAUUGAGACCUGUUCGGAGCGGAAGGCAUUGGAAAUGGGUAAACCAAAUCCUUUGGUGCUAAAGCCGCUGCUCAAUGCAGCUGCUUUGCAGCCCGAGCGUACGCUCAUGAUUGGCGAUUGCUGCAAAAUCGAUGUCACCUUUGCCAGAAACUGCAAUCUGCAAUCGCUUUUAGUGGGCACCGGCAGCUAUCAAUUGGAAACUUUGCAUGGUAAUCCCACACUGCCCAUGCCAGAUGUUUAUCUACCCCAAUUGGGCAAUCUAUUGCCUUAUAUUUGACACUUUUAUGCAUUG